AUGUCGUCCCUCUUGUCGCCGCCAAAAGUUGUACUUUUAGCUGCCAACUUUGCUACCAAAUCCGACAUUGACAGCUUGACGGCCCUGGCUCUGCGAUACGACAAGGUCUUGCAAAAGGAGCUCCUGCUGCGCAUACUGUUGACCUGUCUCCCCGAAACUACCGAAGCCGAUCAAUAUGUUCCACUACUGCAGCUCCUAGAAUCAGAAGAAUUCGAGUCUCACGACCCGCAAGAAGUCGAUACUGCGUCCAUCGAGGACUUUACCGAUGCCGAAAUCCUGAAGAAGGUCCGGAAGCUGCGACUUCGGCCCCUCAACUCGCCAGACGUUCCGGCAGCGGCAGAAGAUGACCUGCUGAGCCAGUUUAUUAUUGCUCGAGCGCAUCGCGUGGACGAAGAGGCGGGCCUGCUCACAAAGCUCCCGGAUCUCAUUGUACCAUUCCUGGACCACUCCAACUGCAUACGGACAUGGAUGAUUUCGGCAUUUCUACCUCUGCUGAGACGCAACUACGAAUACUACGCGGACGCGCCAAUCCCCCAGACCCUGUCGGAGUUUGAACAACUAAAUGAUCGGGCUGCUGUCAGUUUGCUUCUGGAUCAGACUGGCGCAGGCGAGGAUUUGUCAAAUGUUGGCCGCGACCUGCGUGGCCUGAUUGGUCCAUGGCUUUACAGCGAAUCAAGGUGGAAACAUGAAAAAGGUGUGACGAGCAAUGAUGGGCAGCAUGCACAGAGCAAGUCAUGUCCUGGAUGGGAACAGAUGCUGGAGUGGCUCAUCACACAGGCAGCCAGAUCAUGGAAAGUUGCAGUAAAGACUAUUGAACAAUGGGACGGCCCCAGUGAUGUUGAUCUGGGCGGCUUGGGAUCCAUGUGGUUUCAAGACGAAGAGCAAGGAUACUUGGAGUCGAGGUACGCCCGGGCUGCAUUGGCAGCUGCAUACUUGGUUCCAGAAGCUUCAAUCGAAGCUCUUUCGGGCGUCAAUACCAUUAUCACCAAGGUUACCGGCCUGCUGGGCGAGGAUCCGACGCCCACUCUCCAAGUUGCAUCGUCCCUUCUCUCGCCCCUCAGCGAGAUUGCCAAUGAGUCCAUUAUAUCGGCAAAGAAUGCUACAUUUAUGCGCAACGACUUAUUAGAAGAGUCCAACGUCCUAACAGCGCCAAAUGAGCUAUCUACACAAGUUCUACAUGCACUGAAUCUCAGUGCCUAUAUUCUCACAAAGGCAGGGGCGCCUUGCAGUAUUCGCAGAGCUGGAGAGCUGGCUUUCCUUCAAGACGAAAGGGAACAAAAGAGCGAGGCGUUAAAAUUCAUUGGUACUUUGCGCGACAACGCAGCCAAGGCAGAUGACAAGUAUUGGAUCAGGGCACGCAAUGAAUUGCUGUGGCUACGUGAUUGGGGUGCUGAGGAACUAGCAGAUUCUGCUUCGUCUCCGACCAAAACCCACGGCGUGUUUGGUCAAAUUAGCAAGGAGUACUUGGAGAUUGAAUGUCUCAAAGCCUUCUUGGCCAGCGGACGAUAUUCUCUGGCAAGGUCGAUAUAUGAAGACUCUUACGAAAAGAUUCUCUCAGAAAAUGUGCUCGAAAGCACUAUCGUAGGCGCAGCCAUGAACGCGUACGAUAAUGCAUCGAAUCCCAACCGCACUCGAGGUGGAUUACUCAAGUGCGAUGACAUUGUCCAUGAAUUUCCCAAGACACUUCCUCCAAACAGCCCGUCUGCCAGAAAAAUCGAGGCUCUGCUUAAAGCGACCCACGGCCUGAGCACCUAUCGUCUUGCUCUCAAGCAAGGAGAGCCUUUCACGCCGGUUGUCUUGCGCGUUCAUUCAGACCCAGUAUCAAUCAUUGGCAAAGUUCUGGAACAGAACCCCAAAAGCUACACCAAACUACAAGCUUUUCUCGAAAUAGGCGCCAACAUGGUGGAGGCAGGUUUAUUGACACCAAAGGCGUCUGAGAGGCUCUCAACACCAGUGGAGGAUCUGCCCACCCAGCAAUCAAUGGUUGAGAAACGAGUGAUAUCCAUGUGCAUCGAUGCUGCACUCACCGAGGACGACUUUGAGACCGCAUAUUCAUAUGUCGUCAACCGUCUGGCAACAUCAGGAACUGCACCUACAUCAGCCGAUGAAUAUUCCUGGAAGGCCGCACUGCAGGCUGGUAAGUACCGCCGCACCGCGCGUACUGUCCGUCCCACCCAUAUCGGUACCUCGAGUGGCAAUCUCGAUAUUCGCCACUUGGAGCAGCGCAUAGAGUGCCUAUCAACAGCAUUACGUAUCGCUCCUCCCGAUACGCUGCAAGAGAUUCUCAAUGUCUUUCGCCGCUGUGAGGAGGAGCUGGAUGCUGCUGUCAAGGCCGAAGAACAGCAGGAGUCCGCCUGGGAUGACCAAGGAGACGUUCAAGCCAUGCCCGGUGCGUUUAGCAGCACAGUACCAGCUGGCGUGGUCAGACACAACAAUACAAGAUCAACAAGACAACAAGAGGAAGCACCAAUGUCCUUGUUUGAUCUCUCAAGAGCCACCAUGGCUCGCGCACAGCGUAACCUUCCUGCGCUCUCAAGCCUGCAGCGCAGCGAACAACACGGAGCAGAGCAUGCAUCCGAAGAGGACGACAGUCAACGAGUCCGAAAGAGAGACCAGCUCAGAGAAGCUGCCGUGGGAACGUUGGCAUCCGGCGUAGGCUGGCUAAUUGGUGCACAGCCCGUACGACCUCAGGACAAUGAGUAG